AUGCUCGUCACUCCCCUCACCGAAAAGCUCGGCCUGCGCGUCCCCCUUGUCCAGGGUGGUAUGCAGUGGGUCGGCACUCCUGCGCUUGCCUCAGCCGUCAGCAACGCCGGCGCGCUCGGCACUCUCACCGCUCUCACGCAGCCAUCGCCCGAGGCCCUUCGCAAGGCCAUCCGCGAGACCAACUCGCUCAUCUCCGAUGAGAUCAAGAACGAACGCAAGAACCACUACGGCUCCUUCGCCGUCAACAUCACCCUUCUGCCUUCCAUCAACCCUCCCGACUACGUCGGCUACGCCAAGGCUGCCCUCGAGGAGGGAGUCCGCAUCUUUGAGACGGCCGGCAACAACCCCGGCGAGGUGAUCAAGGUCGUCAAGGAGGCAGGCGCCUACGUCAUCCACAAGUGCACCGCCGUCCGCCACGCACGCAGCGCUGAGCGACUCGGUGCCGAUAUGCUGUCGAUCGACGGCUUCGAGUGCGCUGGUCACCCCGGUGAGGAUGACAUUGGCGGCUUGGUGCUCAUGGCUCGUGCCGCUGAGGAGCUCAAGAUCCCCUUCAUCGCUUCGGGCGGUAUUGCCAACGGCCAAGGACUCGCCUCGGCCCUUGCCCUCGGUGCUGUCGGCGCCAACAUGGGCACUCGCUUCAUGUGCACCAAGGAAGCCGAAAUCCACGACAACAUCAAGCGCGCCAUCGUCGAAUCGGACGAGCGAAACACCGUCCACAUCUUCCGCACCUUGCGCAACACUGCUCGCGUUUUCAAGAACAAGGUCUCGAUGGAGGUGGUUCGCCUGGAGAACCGUCCGGAGGGCGCAAAGUUCGAAGACGUGCGCGAGCUCGUCUCGGGCGCCCGUGGUAAGACGGUCUACGAGACGGGCGACAUUGAUGCCGGCAUCUGGUCCGCCGGUAUCACUGUCGGUCUCAUUCACGAUAUCCCCUCGUGCAAGGAACUGUGCGCCAACAUCGAGCGCGACGCUGUCAAGCACAUUGAGCGACUCAGCUCGAUCGUUGCUCACAAGGGCAGCGCCACUGCCGGUCGCGAGGCCAAGCUCUAG